AUGUCCCAACAUCCGCUCACCGCCUACAAGACCGACCUCGCCGCCCACCUCGCCAUGGUCCAAAACAUGAUCCGGUCCCACCAGGACGUCUACGCCAAGGCCGUCGACGAAUUCAACGCGAUCUGCGACAAGUAUCCGCGCGGGAACUACCGGGCCCCCUCCAUGUCCAGCGGCAUGGAGAUCCGCUUCGACCUGUCGAACGAGGAGUUCUUGCGUGGCGUGCAUGUGGCGUUCUUGAAGGGCUGCAUGGACUGGCAUGGGAAGAGCGUGCGCGCGCUGCAGCAGAGGCUGGGUGAUGUGAAUGUGAUGGAGGAGGCGAGGGAGAUGUUUGGGGUGCUGGAGGAGGGGGGAGAGAAGGAGGGGGAGGAGGGGGUGGGGUGGGUGGAGGUAGGGGAGGAGGAGGAGAAGGGGAAGGGGGAGGAGGAGGAGAAGGAGAGGGCUGAAUAG